AUGGGAGAGUGGUUCUACGAGGCCAACAUUCUGGUCGGUACGCCACCACAAAACGUGAGUGUGGUUUUCGACACCGGAUCGGGCCAGCUCUGGCUCCCGGGCUCCAAUUCGACCGCCUGCAGAGCGGGAAACUGCACCCAUCCACAAGCCGGCUACGACGUGGGCAAGUCGUCCUCCUGGCGAUAUACCGGCGAAAACAACCACUGGGGAGGAACAGGAAUCGUGGGAGCCGAGGUGGUGAGCUAUGCCGGCCAGGAGCUCGACUCGUUCCAGACCUGGGUGUCUCUGGAUCAAAUGCGCAACAACUACGGCAUCUUCGGCCACAGCCCUAACAAGGACAAGCAUUCCAGCUUCGUGUUGAAUCUGGCCAAGUCCAAGAAGAUUCCUCGGGCCGUCUACUCGCUCAAUGCCGAGGAGGCGAUUGACUACCGGGGGACUUUUCGUCGAGGAAAGCCCAUCGUCAACAACGUGUACUACGGCGGGUUCGAUUCUGCCAAGUACGAGGGGCCUCUGACCACGGUCAAGUACAAGGGCGGGUACUCGAUGGACUUCACCAACAUUCUGGUGGACGGCCAAAAAAUGACCUUCCAGGGCAAGAAGAAGAAGACCAUUUUGCCGGACACGGGAGGGCUCUCUUUGCAGUUCCCCAACAGCACGGUACAGGCCAUAUCCGAGCGGUAUGGUGAUGGCCAGUACGACCGCCUUGGAUGGCAUGUUGCAUGUGAUUCGCAGCCGGUAGUCACCUACCAGUUUGGAAACACCUUCAUUCCCGUGAAUCUGACCUACGAGGUUCGAAAGCAGGACGGUAUCUGCAGACUGAUUGGCGUGGAUGUGGUCAGUGAGGACCAGGAGCAGUUCAGCGCGGGACCCAUGUUCAUUUCCCGGGCGCUCAUGAUCUUCGACAAUGACAAGAAGCAGAUCACCAUUGGCAAAGCCCGGUACACGGACGAGUCCAAGAUUGUCGAGUUGCAUGGCAGCAAGGUCCCGGGGGCUGUCAACAUCAAGAAGUACAAGAAGAAGAAGUCGGACAAGAAUUAA